UCAUCAUCUUCUCGAUCGCAGGCGAGCUCGAAGGAAGUUUAAAAUGUUAUAUAUGGAUUUUGGCAAUAUUCCGCAAUAGAAAUGCCAUUAUUACAAGCUUAGUGAAUACUUGUCUUUGUGUUAUAUUAUAUAUAUGUGUGUGUGUCAUACAUGCUGUUUAAGGUAAAAUAACUGCAAAAUGGAGGAUCUCAUACCAUUUCAUACUUUCAAUAACUAAACAGUGUUUGAGACUGCUGUUUAUUUUACGAAAAGGGAAAUUGAGACCACCGUGUCCGUUAUGAGUUCGAAAGGUAAACUGAUUUCAGUUGCUAUAGACUUUGGAACUACUUUUUCUGGCUUCGCUUAUUCUACGUUGGAUGAUUUUAAACAGAAUCCGGCAAAGGUAUUUACAACUACCUGGAAUGAUGGACAGGGAAUGAUAACAACAAAGGCAUCAACAGCUGUCCUCUUUAAACCUGAUGGUACACUGUUUGAGUGCGGAUACGAUGCCCAAAUAGAGUAUGCUGCGCUUGUUGAGAGAAAAGCUCAAGCAGACUGGUUGUAUUUCAGUCGUUUCAAAAUGUUGCUGUUUCACCAGAAUGUUACUACUAGAACACGAUUACGUGCCGAAAAUGGAAGCUCUAUGAAAGCGUUGGACAUCUUUUCAGCUGUUAUCAGAUAUUUUAAAGACAAAUUUCUGAACGAAAUGAGAGAUAAAGUAACAAAUUUAUCGUUGGAACGCAUUAUAUGGGUUUUGACCGUUCCCGCCAUUUGGGAUGACAACGCCAAGGAAUUCAUGGCCAUGGCUGCAGAACAGGCGGGUAUACCAGAGAAGAGUUUGCGAUUGGUGUAUGAACCGGAGGCGGCAGCUCUGUUUUGCAAGCACACAAGUUUCUCAUCAGAAGCGUUGUCAGGGAAAAAAGGAAGUAUUUUCACCAGAGGAUCAAAGUUUAUGAUUAUUGACUUAGGAGGUGGAACAGUAGAUAUAACAUCGCAUGAAGUUAACAGCGACAGAAGACUAGAUGCCUUAGCUGAGCCUUCAGGUGGUCCAUGGGGAGGAGUGUUAGUUGACGCAAGGUGGCAGAACCUGUUGGAAGAGCUUUUUGGAGCUGAUGUAGUAAACGAAUUGUGUAACGACUUUACAGACAAACUAGACUUGGAUCGCGAUAUUGAAGUUAAGAAAAGAGCAAUCAAACUUUCUGAGUUAGAAAUCGCCAGACUGAAAUUACCGCCCUGUGUAAUGUCUAUUUUUACUGAGAAGAACGAGAAUGUGCCUUUUAUGGAGAGACUGAAAGGAAGUAAGUUUGAAGUCAAAGUUGAAUACAGGAGAGGAAUCUUGGAAAUACUGAACAAAUUCCUCCUGGAAACAUAUAUUGAUCCAGUAUCCAAUGUCACGGCUCAUUUACAAAGGGAACUGUCACGGCGAGAAUUGAAGGAUGUAAAGACCUUGAUCUUAGUUGGUGGCCUUUCAGAUUCCAAAAUCAUAAGAGCUGAGCUACAGGCUAGAUUCCCAGGAUACACCCUACUUAUGCCCGAAGAGGCAGCUGUAUCCGUUUUGAAAGGAGCUGUCAUAUUUGGCCACUCCAAAGCUUUUAUCAAGUCCCAUAAAUUGCCGUAUUCGUAUGGUGUCUGUACCAAUGUUCCUUUUGACGUGAAUAUCCAUAGGAAAUUUUUGAAGAUUCAACAGAGUGACGGGAGAAUUAUGUGCUCCGACGUCAUUCAUCCCUUGGUCAGAAAAGGCGAAACGAUAGUUGUGGAAGAAACAACACGCAAGAAAUUAUUCCACUCCCCUAGGCCAGGAAUGCGUCAUAUAGAGGUUGAAAUAUACAAAAUUCCACAAGAUAUUGAACCUGGAAGUGUGCUUUACACAAUAGAUUGUAAACGAGUAUGCACACUUAACCUUGAUGUUCAAAACGUACAAAAUGAUGAGAAAGCUACGGUUAGCGUCCAGAUGCAUUUUGGUGGUACGAGGAUUGAAUUUACUGCAAACGAAUUCGGAACAGAGAAUUCAGUGAGCUGUAAGCCGAGGUGGUUCCCUUGAGCGAUUUUAUCAUAAAUACAAUGUAUCGUUAUUGCUGUCGAAAACUGUUUGCUGUGCAAUUUUAAAAACUAUAAGUGUCAGAUUUAAUGUGCAUUGCUGUCACUUUUUUACCACAGUCUACAAUUAGCAAAUAGGCAUAUUAAAUCAGAUUUAUCAAAAUAAAUCAAUUUGAGUUUGCGUAUUAAAGUUGCACUCUCACAUAUUGACCUUUUAACAACUUUUCUUUUGUCUUGGAAGGAGCAAAUAUUUGGGUAAAUAUCUGCAAACCAAUGAUAUAAGAUUGCUGAAAAAAAUCAGAUCGUAGAUUUUCAUAUUUCCGUUCGUAAAUUAAUGUCUUAUGGAUUAAACCGUUACUAACGGUUAAGAAAUAUUGCAUACAACAUCAAUUUCUGCACGUAAAUAUAAAAAUCUGCGAUCUGAUCUUUUGUCAGCUGUCUUAUGUUACUGGUUUUCAUGGGUUUUCGCAAAAUUGGCUCGUUCCAAGACAAAAAAGCUGUUAAAACGUUCAAUCUGUGAGAGUGCAGCUUUAAAUAAGGAAAGUAUUGAUAAAUGUCAGAUUUAGGGGAUUUAUCCCUGAUAAAUAUAGUAUUGUAGGUAAAUACGAACUUCCAUCAUACUAAACAGAAUUUCCUUAUUCUUAACUUAACUUUUCCAAAAUAAUUCGCUUGGAUUUUUUUGCAUAACAGCCAUUGAUGAAAAUGUGACAAAAUCGUGGACAAUUACAGUACACGAUGACGAAAACCUCAGACCCUUUUCCAUUUUUCACUCCAGUUACGAAUUCUGUCUUAUAUGGCAAUUUCUGAAAAGCUUCUCAGUUUAUAAAAAAACAAUGUUUAAAUUAUUUGAAAGGAAAUACAACAUUGCAUGUUAUUACUGUAACGCAGUAACAAAAAAAUUGGUCUGCAUAAGGUGUUCUUGUGUCCAUAUUUUGUAAAUGAACGAUGCCGGCUACGGUCCCAACUUUUAAACCUCUUAGGUAAAGAAAAAUUUAGACACUUUAUUUUAUUAAAUCUGAACCAUGAACUUGUUGAACUUCGGUCGAAUCCAGUGCUUUAGUGUUGUGUCGAAUUUUGCAAGAAAUACGAAUUGACAAUGUAUGGCAUUGUUACCACAAAACAAUUGUAAACAGACUUACAUUUAAACAGAUGAUAAGUAUCAAUUCCUGUCAAAUGCCAGAGCCAACGUAUUGUUUGUGUAUAUUGUAAAUCACAGUUUGCUAUAUGUGUGUCCAUAACAAAUGUUUUUGUUGUUAUUUUUAUAUUUAUGUCUAUUUUUUGUAUUGUAUAUAUUUGUAUAUGUGUAAAAGCUAUAUUUCUCUUCACACGUGCACGAUAAACAGA